AUGCAGCGCAUACCUCGUACACGUAGUGGUUUAAUAGAAAAGCCGGUUAAAACAACCCCAGUUAGUUAUCUUGAGUCUUUAAAACAAGGUUUAAUUGUUUCCACUAUCUUCUUAUUAGCUGAAAUAACAGCACAAUUCAUUACUAAAGCACCAGCUAAUAUCUUUAGUGUUCUUUCUUGUACUCUUUAUGGGUUUGUGACUGGUUCUUUAGCCUAUGAAUUAUAUCGACGCUUAGACGGCGCCACUUCUAUUCCUUAUCAGGAAAAACGAGCUACUCUUAAGAUUAGAGCGGCUUUUAGUAAGUUAUUGAUUGACCAGUUAAUCUUUUCGCCUAUUUCUAAUGCUAUCUUUACUAUCUUUUCUAUCUGUAUUAGUUCUAAGUCUUAUACUCUCUUGACUGGUUUAGAGUACUACUUUGAGCUACUACUGAAUAGUUACAAGAUUUGGCCGAUUGCCCAGUUAAUUAACUUUUGGCUGGUUCCUCUUAAGUAUCGGAUGCUCUUUAUUGGACUGGUUAGUUUUUGCUGGACGACCUUUGUUAGAUACGAUGCCAAUAAAUAG